AUGGCGAUCGCCGACGUCGCACCAUCGCCGGAUGUGGUAGAGGGUAGAAGGCUAGCAAUGGAAGUCUUGUUCGGAGAAAGUCCUAUUUCUGGUGGCAAGGAAGAGGAUAUGGCGAUGCAAAGCGACGACGGGUCAGGUAUCGUCGGAGAUCAAACUGUGGAAGAAGGCGUAGUAGGCGACGCUUGUGACAAUUCUGACGAAGGUGAAGGUGAAGUUUUCCACAUUCAUGUUGCUGAUGUGUUCGUUACGUACUUGUUUCGGAUUGGUAUUGUUACGUACUUGUUUAGGAAUAAUGGUAGUCCUUACAUUGAUCAGGUGUAUAAAGUUGUCCCGGACGACAAAUCGACAUGGCAGCAUUUGAAAUUUGAAAAUAGGGAAGCAUUUGUCAAGUUCUACAAAGACUUCGCACACUAGAGGGGUUUUGGAGUAAGACUUAUUGGAGAACAGACUCAAAAAUCCAAAUAUCUUAAGGAACGGAAGGUGUUUUACUUUGGAGCACGGUGCAACAAAGAAGGUUUCAAAACAGGGAGCACGCUGGAUCCAAAGAAUGUUGGUGUUGUGGUAGACACAGAACCUACUAAGAAGAGGAAGAGGGGAGAGACUC